AUGUUCGUCAAUGAUAGUUUACCUAUUGAUUUUGAUAAAUAUUUAAAAUUAACAAAUGUAUCUCAUUGGAUUUAUCGUAUUUGGGCGAUAGGAUUUAUAACUAUUGGUAUAUUAGGUAAUAUUUUUGCACUAAUUAUAUUUAUUCAUUGGGCAAAUCGAUUAUCUAUAUAUAUUUAUUUUACUUUCUUAUGUAUUAUAAAUAUUUUAAUAAUUAUUUUUGAUAUAAAAUAUCAUUAUCUUAUACCAUUUUUAAUUAAUAAUGAAAUAAUGAUAAAAAAUCUUCUACCUAUAACAUGUAAAUUUAUGUUUUUUCUUACUUAUUUUUUUCGUUAUCUAUUUAUUUGGCUUAUUGUAAUGAUUAAUAUUGAUCGUUGUUUAUAUCUUACAGAAUCAUCAUUAAAAUCAAUUUUAUGUCGUCAACAUUCAGCAAAAAUAAUUUGUAUUAUUUUAAUUAUAUUUUGUUUUAUUGCUAAUUGUCAUUUUCUUAUAUUUUUUACUAAACCAAUUAUUAAUGAAAUUUUACCAAAAAAUCAAUGUUUUUUGGAUAGUUUUGAUUAUCAUUGUGAAUCAUCGAAUAGAAAUUAUCACUAUUUUCUUAAAAGAAUUUGGCCUAUUUAUAAUCUAAUCUUAUUUGGUGUUCUUCCAAUUUUAAUUAUGAUUAUUUGUUGUAUACUUAUUCUUCGUAAUAUUCGUUCGACUAGAAAUGGUAUUCUUGAUAAUGAAGAACGACGUGGAUCAAAAUCAUCUGCAUCAUCACAAAAUGAUCAUUUACAUUCAGUAGCAAAAACUUUAAUAUGUCUUGAUUUACUUUUUCCAAUAACAAUAUUUCCAACACUUUUCUUUCAAAUUUAUAUAAAUUAUAAUCCACCAGAAACAUGUCUAUAUAUUGGUAUUGUUAAUUUGAUUUUUUCGAUAGGUUUUUCUAUAACUUUUAUUAAGAAUACAUUUGGAUUUUUUAUAUAUUAUAUAACUGGUAAAAAAUUUCGUCAUGCUUUUUCAGCUUUAAUUCGAUGUAAAAAUAUAGAUGCUUACAACGAAAAUCAUUGA